AUGGAGACGAAGGGUAACAGGCCACCUGUGAAGGAUUCUGUUUUCGAGCUGAGGACGAGGAUGGCUCGAAUGAUGUCCAUUGUUGAUAUUACGUCGCACAACAGACUUCCGAUGGCGGGCCAGGAUCCGAAAUUUCAGAAGGAGGCCGCGGACCAAAACUUCGACUACAUGUUCAAGUUGCUGAUCAUCGGGAACUCGUCCGUGGGCAAAACCUCUUUCCUGUUCCGCUACGCGGACGAUUCCUUCACCUCGGCCUUCGUAUCGACCGUGGGCAUCGAUUUUAAAGUGAAAACGGUCUUCAGACACGACAAAAGGGUCAAGCUACAGAUCUGGGUUAUUGCUAGUACAGUGACUUCGAGAAACAACAGUAAUAGAAGUCUGACUGAGGUCGCCACGUUGCAGGACACGGCAGGCCAAGAGAGAUACAGGACGAUAACGACGGCCUACUACAGAGGCGCGAUGGGUUUCAUCCUGAUGUACGACAUCACGAACGAGGAGUCGUUCAAUUCGGUUCAGGACUGGGUCACGCAGAUCAAAACCUACUCGUGCGACAACGCUCAGGUGAUCCUGGUCGGCAACAAGUGCGACAUGGAGGACGAGAGGGUGAUCACCACCGAAAGGGGCAAGCAACUGGCGGACCAGUUGGGCAUCCAGUUCUUCGAGACAUCGGCCAAGGAGAACAUUAAUAUCAAGACGGUAUUCGAGCAACUGGUGGACAUAAUAUGCGACAAGAUGAGCGAGUCCCUGGACAACGAUCCAACCUUGAUCGCGGGUGGCAUGGGCCAGGCGAAGGGUCAACGACUCACCGAUCAGCCGACCAAUCCAACGAACGACAACUGUAAUUGCUAAGAACAUGGAUGGCCCGUUGCUUUGCGAUUGCUCUGCAAAGCAUGAUAAGGAAAAAAAAAAGGAAGAAGAAAAAGAGAAAGGAUAACGAUGA